AUGGCCGCUCCUGGAACUGGUCCGGUGCCCGUGAACCCGAACACUGUCUCACCAAGGCCAUCCCGUGGCUCAAGCAUAGGCCGACUAUCGGUAUCUGAACGUCGAUCCACUGCCGGUAUUAAUUCGAACGUGAACGAGAUGCUGGGUACUAGUCCGGGACCUAGCAGCGAGUUACCCGCGUUAGACCACCGUGACCAUCGCAGCCCGAUCGGACAUGCAUUCCGCACAGCCAGCCCGUCAAGUCCCAUCUUUGCGACAGCAGAUCCUCAUCACCAGCGUGCACCAUCGCUGGGGGAGCUACACCAAGAGCUGGAGCAAGAACAAGAAGCACAAGUGAACCGGCUUCUUCUGAUGAUCCGCAGCCAGCAGGCCCAAUUGCAUCAAUACCAGCAGCAACAUAACCCACAAUCCACCGCUGCAAUCGACGACACAACUCCGGCAUCGGAACGAUCGGCCUUCUUCCCACCCGGCCCGACACCUCCUGUCGGCAAUAGAUUAUCGAUCUCUUCUUCAUCAAACCGCCGAAGCUCGCGGCCUCCCAGUCAAGCGGCGUCACCGAACUUGCGACCGCUAGACUCGCGCGGAGAAAGCGUGGAGCCAUUUCCGGGGUUGCGGGAUAGUGCAUCUCGGCGCGGUAGCCGGGACGAGGGUGCAUUUUACCAGGCCGAAGCGAGCUCUCUAGCCCGAGAAAACGUCCUCCUUCGGCAACGCAUCCGAGAACUAGAGAGGCAAAUCGGUGGCCUGACGACUUCCCACGGUGCGUCCUCCGCCUCCGCAACAACAGCUUCGGGGUUUGCGUCGGGGCAAGCGGGGACCGAAACCACGGACCCGCCUGCCGUGAGUACAACGCGAGACGGUAAAGACUGA